UUGAACAUCAUCAUCAUGGCUGACGAGACGCCUUCAAACGAAAUUCAGAUCAACGUGAAGGGGCCCAAUGAGUUGAAGCUCCAGAUCUCGAUAAGCACGGACAAGACGGUGUUAGAGCUCAAGCAGGCUAUCGCAGAGAAAUCGGACGUGGAGGCGGACAGGCAACGACUCAUCUACUCUGGUCGCGUCCUCAAGGAUGAAGACCCGCUGUCCCUAUACCGGAUCGCGUCCUCGCACACCAUACACAUGGUCAAGGGCGUGUCCCGCUCAGGGGGGAGCACGUCCGCGCAGCCCACGCAGCCGCAACAGCUCCCCACCAUGCAGACCGGCCAGAACCCGCACGAUCCCCUCACGCAGCUAAACAGCCACCUCGGCUUCGGCGCAAUGGCUGGCAUCAACCCCUUCCAGGACAUGGGCCUGAACCCCAACGACCCGAACAUGAUGCAGGGCAUGCUCGACAACCCGCAGUUCGUGCAGCAGAUGUCCUCCAUGCUGUCGAACCCCGCGAUCCUCGAUCAGGUCGCGGCGAUGAACCCGACCCUGGCCCCGCAGAUGCGCGCCAUGAUGCAGAGCCCGUACUUCCGCGAGAUGGUGUCGAACCCGGAGCGGCUGAGCCAGAUGCUGAGGAUGGCGUCCGCGUUCAGGGAAGGUGGCGGGCUGGGCGCGAACCCCUUCGGUGGCGCCGCGGGCGGCUUCCCUGCGCCGGGCGUGCCGGGCGGUGGUAGCCCGACAACGGGUGGGACGCCAGCGGCGGGUGCGACGCCAGGUUCGGCGGGGGCGGGCGAUGCUGCGGCGAAUCCGUUUGCGGCCUUGUUUGGUGGCGCGGGCGCGGGGGCUGGUGCUGGUGCUGGUGCUGGAGGUCUCGGUGCAGGAUUGGAUCCAGCGCUCAUGCAGCAGCUCCUCGGAGGGGGCUUAGGUGGUGGACUGGGAGGGGGAUUGGGCGGCCUCGGCGGCGGCGCAUUCGGCGCACCUGCUGCUCCUGCUGACACUCGUCCACCCGAAGAGCGAUUCCAGGUCCAAUUGCAGCAACUACAGGACAUGGGCUUCACGAACGCGUCGCAGAACAUCCGGGCCUUGCUCGCUACGGGCGGCAACGUGCAUGCCGCAAUCGAGUAUAUUCUCGGUGGCGGAGGGCUAUAGCGGUUGAAGUUGUAUCUUAUACCUCGUGUAAUGUGCUUGAGUAGUACUCUGAAGUGUAUCAACUGAAAGGACUUGGCUAGCUGGAAUUAACAAGUCUGUCAGGAUGGUGUAACAGUCA